GUGAAACCACUGUGAAUUUUAAAAUGGCUGACAUUUUUUGUAAAAAAGGAACAGUGAAAUCAAACGAAUGCAAAGGGUACAUACAUUACAACUACUCCACUGCAAAUCCUUCUGUUCAAUCCUUUGAAAACCCUUUGUCUAAUAUUAUUACAUUUUUGCAUGCUCUUUUUCAGUCUAAGGGCUAUUGGCCAGAAGUGAUGGACAUUAAUACCACACUUUCCUUACUCAUGUGUAACAUAAUGGCUGACAUAAUCUCCCAAACUGGCAGGGAUUGCAUUAUUACUGUGAGGAUUCUGUUUGUGUAUAGAAUUACAACAGUAUGUAACAAAAAUCGAUCGUGAACUGUUCUACAAUCCAAUUAAAUCAAGAACAUUGGUUGGGUUGUUCCUUUGGAAACCUGAGUUCAUUCAGUACAUUGACAGGGGAUAUGACAUUGUUCUGUUGGAAUAUAGCUUGAGAUGAAAAGUGAAUUGACAAGAGUGGUCUUCAAUGUAUUCAUCAAUAAUGAUGAAAAAUGAAAGAGUUGAUGCUCCAGAUGAGCAAUGGCUAUAAUGACAUUGACUUCAUUGACAAUGAAUGCAUGAUGACUAUUUUAUCUAUUUAUCAUCUGUAUCUCAUCUGAUACAACAUUGAACUACUCGUAUACAUAGAAUUAUUUUCACAAUAGCAUGACAAGCA